UCAGGAUGGGAAACACAUUCGUUUACAUUCGUUUUGGCUUUAAAUUGUUUUGAUUGUUUUAUUUAUUUACUUCAAAUCCAGCCUUGUUGCGGAAAUUACUGAAAAUAGUUUAUAUUAGUACCAAAAUCAUGAAUAAUUUUAUCAAACAUUGCAGAAAAUCACUUAAACUUCCCCGAAUAGUUGUGAUUGGCAACGAAAGCUGUGACCUCGAUUCCGCGGUUUGCAGCAUUGCAUUGGCUUUCCAUCUGUCCAACUCUCUCGAUGGUUUCCUCCGCACGGUCAAAGGUUCCGAUUGCGUAGUGCCAGUAUUGAAUGUUACACGAGAAGACUUACCGCUGAAAACCGAGGUCGUGUACUUUCUGCAGGAGAAUCGUGUCGAGUUGAAUGAUUUGAUAUGCAAGGACGAAAUUGACCUGCCGGAUGGACAAAGGGCCGAGACGUCAUAUGUCCUGGUGGACCAUCAUCUUUCCAAGCUUCGGUUGAAUGUCGUUGGUGUGAUAGAUCACAGGCCGUUCGAUUCAAACUCGAAGUUAAAUGCUGGGAUAUUCCAGCUUAUAGAACAGGUCGGUUCUUGUGCAACUCUGGUUUCAAAAAUCGUGUUGGAUUCCGUUAAUUUGCAUGAGAAGUCCAGCGACAUUGCCGAUCUGCUAAAGUUCCUGUAUGGUCCAAUUGUUUUAGAUACCGUCAACUUCUCCAAGGAAGCCGAUAAAGCCCGUCAGCUAGACUUCGAUAUGGCUCAGGCAAUCGAACAGUACCUUGGUAUCGAGAACUCCGAAGAAUCGCGUCAAAAUUUAUUCGAAAAUCUGGUUAAUAAACGAGGCGAUGUGUCGAGCCUGGACUCUCUGCAAAUCUUGUCCAAAGAUCUGAAAAUAGUAGCGGGAAAGGAACGCGUUGUGGCCAUACCAGGAUAUCCCAUACUGGUCCAGGAUUAUAUAAAGCUGGAAAAUGCAGAACAAAAUUUGCAAGCUUUCGCUCGGAAAACUGGUAGCAAUGUAGUCGUGCUUAUGGGCAUGAAGGUCAAUGCUGAAAACGGGAGCGUCAGGAGAGAUUUAGGAAUAAUAAACAUAAAUGAUCCUAAUCUGCAAGAGUCGAUUCUUUCUGUGAUAUCUUCUAGUACAGAACCAGAUUUUAAACUAACGAAGCUGGAUGUCAAUUUUUUACAGGGAAGCUUUUUCGAGCAAUCAAAUAUCAAGGCAUCCAGAAAGCAACUUUUACCUUUAGUUAGUGAUAUAUUUAAUGAAAAAUGUUAAACCUUAAUACCCUA